AGCUGAACAAACCGGCUUGUUGCUUGGCAAAAAAAACAGCAUUAUGAAAACAAAAAAAAGUCACAGUAAAGGUACUUUGUUGGCUACACCCUGUCUGCAUGUCUUCGUAUGCAUGCCUCUGGACAGGGCAAGGGAGAGUAAGUGUGUGCUGUGGGUGGAGACAGUUUUUGGGGUGGGGUUUUAAGGUGUCACACAUUCCCCAACAAGAAUGAUCCAAAUAGUGAACUCAGCGUUUCCAAUCUGGCAUCACCCGAGCGAGCAACACACCUGUGAUCCGGACAGCCUCUACCAGCAACAACAUGAGUGAAUCAGCAGAGGAGGUGUCUGCCAACCUCAAAAGCCGAAGAAAUGUCACCAUUGAGAUCACAAACCUCACCAAUAACUACUGCCUAGUUGAACCCAGGGUUUUCCUGGAAAGUGGCUGCUGCCUGAGCCCGCCCCAGCCUACCGUGCGCCCACUGAAAACCGAGGUGUGCAACUUCAGCAAGACCAGCGCCAAAGCCACCGGGGCUGUGGGGGUCCUGACCUACGACCUGUUUGAGAGGAACAGCAACAGCGCCAAAGAGAAAAUAGCCAUAAUGUUCUCCGUGCCCUACGACUACAACAUGUACAAGAACUGGAUGGCCUUGGGAAUCUACAACGUCGACAAAGAGUGCAACGAAGCUCUGUACAAAGAGAUGUAUUACAACAAAGAGCAGACAGGCUUUGUGAGGCAGGAGGCCCGGGGCUCGGGUCUAACAUUUGAGGGCAAGACCUUGGACAUCAAGGCGACCAUGUCCCCGAUGGGCAAGGCCAUGUUGAAGUUAGAGGUGUGGGACAAACUCUUCACCCCAAUGAUGCAACAACAAUCAUACUAAGCCAGGGAUUCAUUUUUUGACUAAAUAAUCCAGUUUGACACACAAGUGUGUAGUGUUUAGCUUUUUGUGCACUUGUGCUACUGUACCAUCCAUCAUCAUGCAAUAAACCCAGUCUGGUAUGAGAAAA